GGGGGUGGGGAGGCACGGGAGGGGGCGAGCGAGAGAGACGAUCAACAAACCUAAAUAACCCGACCGGGAGCCGCCUUCUGAUCCUGACUCGCUCCCGUCCCCAACGCGCAUCACUCAUCUUCGAUCUGCGGACCUGAGGAGUUUCGGAUCACCGCCGACGUCAUGACGCUCAAGACCUUCCUCGCGAGCUUGCUGCUCGCGGCACCCGCCCUCGCCCACCCGGGUCACCACGAGAAGGUGUACGCACACUCGGCCCUCCCGCUCGAGCGGAAGUCUCUCGCUCACUGCUCGGCCCAGUUCAACGAGCCCGAGUUUGUCAAGAGGACAGUACAGAUCCAUGGCCAGGAACUGGCGCGGUUGAAGCGGUCGCUAGGCCUCGACACGAAGAGGUCGAAGCACAGCCCGCGUGACUACGAAGAAGUUAACCGGAUUGACCACAAGAGCAACAAGACGGUUUCCGAGGGGAUGGAUCUUAGCACGCUGUUCUCGGACGCCGGCGCUUGCAUGCUGAUGCCCGCGGUCGACCAGGGCCCGUUGUACGUCAAAGGAGAGGAAGUCCGGAAAGACAUUACCAAUGGCGAGAAGGGUAUCCCCUUGACGCUGGCCAUCCAGGUCGUCGACUACAAGACCUGCGAGACGGUCCCGGAGGCCCACGUUGACAUCUGGAGCUCCAACUCCACCGGCAUCUACGUCGGUGUGCAGGGCUACCCCGGCAUGGGUGACCCCAACGACGCCUCCAUCCUCCAGGGCACCACUCUCCGCGGCGUGCAGCCGACCGACGAGCACGGCAUUGCUUCGUUCGACUCGCUCUUCCCCGGGCACUACGACGGGCGCGCCACCCACAUCCACGCCAUCGUCUACCUCGGCGCGACCGCGCAGCCCAACAACACCAUCACGGGCGGGCGGGCCGCGCACGUCGGGCAGAUCUACUUCGACCAGGGCCUGAUCACGGUCGCGGAGCAGCAGACGCCCUACAACAGCAACACGAUGCGCAUCACGCCCAACGUGAACGACUUCCUGUUCCGGCAGGGCGCUAACGGCGACGACCCGAUCGUGCGGUACGCGCUGGUGGGCGACGACAUCUCGCAGGGCCUGUUCGCCUGGAUCCGCUUCGGCAUCGACCAGAACGCCGACAAGCCCGUCAACCCGGCCGCCUUCUGGACCGAGAAGGGCGGCGUUAUGAACCCCACCGGCCCCAUCUCCCAGCUGCCCCCCGGCGGCUUCCCCGGCGGCGGCUGGCCUGGCUUCCCCGGCGGACGCAAGAAGAGGGCGGCGCGCGCUGCGGCGGCGGCGGCUGCUGCGAGGGCUGAGCAGGAUGCUGAGUAAAAGGGUUGGUUGGGCUUGGACUUGGUCGGAGCGGGUGGGUGGUGGCGGGGAGUCACGGCUUGGUACUGAGCAUGAAUUCGUGUUGUAUUCUGCUAGAGGGGAGAUAUCCUGGCGGCUUGGAUGUAUCGAUCCAUCGAUUCAGGAUAGCUGUCAGUCAUUACCAGAUAGAAAUAACUGAGUUGCAUCGACC